AUGUUAGACCUGCCUGACACCAGCUGGCUCCAGCUGGCCCUACCUCCCCUGCCCUGGCCCGACCUGCCUGGCUUAGCUGGCCCUACCUCCCCUCCCCAUGCCCUGGCCCGACCUGCCUGGCUCCAGCUGGCCCUACCUCCCCUCCCCCUGCCCUGGCCCUACCUUGCCUGGCCUGCCUGCCUCCAGCUGGCCCUGCCUCCCCUCCCCCUGCCCUGGCCCGACCUGCCUGGCUCCAGCUGGCCCUACCUCCCCUCCCCCCUGCCCUGGCCCGACCUGCCUGGCUCCAGCUGGCCCUACCUCCCCUGCCCUGGCCCGACCUGCCUGGCUCCAGCUGGCCCUACCUCCCCUCCCACUGCCCUGGCCCAACCUGCCUGGCUCCAGCUGGCCCUACCUCCCCUGCCCUGGCCCGACCUGCCUGGCUUAGCUGGCCCUACCUCCCCUCCCCAUGCCCUGGCCCGACCUGCCUGGCUCCAGCUGGCCCUACCUCCCCUCCCCUCCCCCUGCCCUGGCCCUACCUUGCCUGGCCUGCCUGCCUCCAGCUGGCCCUGCCUCCCCUCCCCCUGCCCUGGCCCGACCUGCCUGGCUCCAGCUGGCCCUACCUCCCCUCCCCCCUGCCCUGGCCCGACCUGCCUGGCUCCAGCUGGCCCUACCUCCCCUGCCCUGGCCCGACCUGCCUGGCUCCAGCUGGCCCUACCUCCCCUGCCCUGGCCCUACCUCCCCCUGCCCUGGCCCUACCUACCCCCCCUGCCCUGGCCAGACCUGCCUGACUCCAGCUGGCCCUACCCCCCCUCCCCCUGGCCCGACCUGCCUGGCUCCAGCUGGCCCUACCUCCCCUGCCCUGGCCCGACCUGCCUGGCUCCAGCUGGCCCUACCUCCCCUCCCCCUGCCCGACCUGCCUGGCUCCAGCUGGCCCUACCUCGCCCCUGGCCCGACCUGCCUGGCUCCAGCUGGCCCUGCCUCCCCUGCCCCUGCCCUGGCCCGACCUGCCUGGCUCCAGCUGGCCCUGCCUCCCCUGCCCCUGCCCUGGCCCGACCUGCCUGGCUCCAGCUGGCCCUGCCUCCCCUCCCCCUGCCCUGGCCCGACCUGCCUGGCUCCAGCUGGCCCUACCUCCCCUGCCCUGGCCCGACCUGCCUGGCUCCAGCUGGCCCUACCUCCCCUCCCCCUGCCCUGGCCCGACCUGCCUGGCUCCAGCUGGCCCUACCUCCCCUGCCCUGGCCCGACCUGCCUGGCUCCAGCUGGCCCUGCCUCCCCUCCCCCUGCCCUGGCCCUACCUCCCCUGCCCUGGCCCGACCUGCCUGGCUCCAGCUGGCCCUACCUCCCCUGCCCUGGCCCGACCUGCCUGGCUCCAGCUGGCCCUGCCUCCCCUGCCCCUGCCCUGCUGGCCCUACCUCCCCUGCCCUGGCCCGACCUGCCUGGCUCCAGCUGGCCCUACCUCCCCUCCCACUGCCCUGGCCCAACCUGCCUGGCUACAGCUGGCCCUACCUCCCCUGCCCUGGCCCGACCUGCCUGGCUUAG